AUGAAUGAAGAAAAGGUUCGAGUUUCCGGAGAAAUCUCCAGGUCGGCAGAUUCUCCUGUCCUCCCUACAGUUAAUCCUGCCGCCGAGAAAUCAGAAUCUCCCAAGGCUGCUGUACACCCAGCAUUUUAUGUUAUGACAUGGAUUUUCUUCAGUUCCAGUGUUAUUCUCUUCAACAAAUGGAUCUUAUCGACGGUCGGGUUUCGUACUUCUGCAGAUUUCCCAAUCUUCCUCACAUCAUGGCAUCUGGGAUUUGCGACUUUGAUGACGCAGAUUCUCGCACGAACGACCAAACUUCUCGAUGGACGAAAGACGGUUAAGAUGACGGGUCGUGUAUACUUGAGAGCCAUCGUGCCUAUUGGAAUCUUCUUCAGUCUGAGUUUGAUUUGCGGAAACUUGACAUAUCUCUAUCUCAGUGUUUCUUUCAUUCAAAUGCUCAAGGCUACCACUCCUGUCGCAGUCUUACUCACCAGUUGGGCCCUUGGCGUUGCCGAACCCAACAUGAAAACCCUCUUCAACGUCUCCUUCAUUGUCAUCGGUGUUGUUAUCGCAUCUAUCGGAGAAAUUGACUUUGUCGUCAUUGGUGUUCUUUUCCAAAUCGGAGGUAUCAUCUUCGAGGCUAUUCGAAUUGUCAUGGUUCAAAGACUUCUCAGCUCUGCCGAGUUCAAGAUGGACCCAUUGGUAUCCCUUUACUAUUUCGCUCCAGUUUGUGCCAUCAUGAACUUCUGCGUCGCACUUUUCUGGGAAAUUCCAACCAUGACCAUGGGCGAUUUCUACAAUGUUGGAUUCUGGACUCUUUUGGCCAAUGCUAUGUGCGCAUUCAUGUUGAACGUUUCCGUUGUAUUCUUGAUUGGCAAGACCUCCGUUCUUAUCUUCACUCUCUGCGGUGUUUUGAAAGAUAUUCUCCUCGUCUGUCUUUCCAUCAUCAUCUGGGGAACUUUCAUCACCCCACUCCAAUGCUUCGGAUAUACUAUUGCUCUUGGUGGAAUGGUUUGGUUCAAGCUUGGCGCUGAAAAGAUCAAGGGUUAUCUUGCAGAAGGUGGACGCCAAUGGGCAGAUCUCGGUUCCCGUCGACCAGUCCUCCGCAAAGUUAUCGUCUUUGGUCUUAUUAUUACCACCAUUUUCACUCUCCUCGGCGGAUUCGCACCCUCAUACGAUAUCCACGCAAGCGAAUAUAUUAAUGCCGCUAAAAACGCCGUUGGAAGCUCGUAA